AUGGUUAAAAACUGGAGAAAUGGAAAAUUUACUUUGUCAUGCUGCCCACGGUACUUCGUAGCUCUUGCUUUCCCGUUUACAGCAAACCUAUCGUCACUCUCUUCCUCCCGAUCUGCCGCCGUUUCUACCACUUAUCCGCAGUUUGCACUCCGGUGACACCUCAGAUGGACGCUUCCGACGCCUCCGAGGAGACUCUCCGUGGUGUUCUAGCCGAGAAGCAGGCCUCCGUUGACGCCCAGGCUGGCGUCGUGCGGAAGCUCAAGGCAGAAGCCGCUGCGAAGGCGGACAUAGAAGCCGCUGUGGAGUCACUCAAAGCCCUCAAGAUCGAAGUCUCCGCCGUGGCGAAACGUCUCCAGGCUGUUGUCAGCAGCAGUGGCGGCGGCUCUGGUGAUCGCGAAGCUUUCCGCCAAGUGGUCGUGAAUACGCUGGAGCGGCGACUAUUUUAUAUACCCUCUUUCAAGAUCUACCGAGGCGUCGCCGGCCUCUACGAUUACGGACCUCCUGGCUGUGCCGUAAAAUCCAAUGUCCUUUCCCUCUGGCGCCAGCAUUUUGUCUUGGAGGAGAACAUGCUCGAGGUGGAUUGCCCCUGCGUUACGCCAGAGAUAGUCCUGAAGGCUUCAGGACACGUGGACAAGUUCACAGACCUAAUGGUUAAGGAUGAAAAGACAGGAUCAUGCUAUCGGGCUGAUCAUUUGCUUAAGGACUUUUGCAAGGAGAAACUGGAGAAAGAUUCUACUCUUCCAUCUGUGAAGGUAGCUGAAUUGAAGCAUAUUUUGGCGGUUUUGGAUGACUUGUCUGCAGAGGAACUUGGUGCAAAGCUGAAGGAGUAUGGCAUCACCGCUCCUGAUACAAAGAACCCUCUCUCUGAUCCUUACCCCUUUAAUCUUAUGUUUCAAACUUCAAUCGGUCCAUCUGGUUUGAGCCCUGGGUAUAUGAGACCAGAGACAGCACAAGGCAUUUUUGUAAAUUUUAAGGAUCUUUACUAUUAUAAUGGCUAUCGACUUCCAUUUGCAGCAGCUCAGAUUGGACAAGCUUUCAGAAAUGAGAUUUCACCAAGGCAAGGUCUGCUGAGAGUGCGAGAGUUCACAUUGGCUGAGAUUGAGCAUUUUGUGGAUCCUGAAGACAAAUCCCAUCCAAAAUUUGUUGAUGUGGCUGACUUAGAGUUCCUUAUGUUUCCAAGGGAAUUGCAAUUGUCUGGUGAAUCAGCAAAGCUGAUAGAUCUUGGAGAAGCAGUUAGGAAGGGAACCAUCAACAAUGAGACUCUUGGUUACUUCAUUGGGAGAGUAUACCUCUUUCUGACUCGCCUUGGUAUAGACAAAGAACGCUUGCGUUUCCGGCAGCAUUUACCGAAUGAGAUGGCUCACUAUGCUGCAGACUGUUGGGAUGCUGAGAUAGAGUGUUCAUAUGGAUGGAUUGAAUGUGUUGGAAUCGCAGAUAGAUCUGCUUAUGAUUUACGUGCUCAUACGGAUAAAAGUGGUGUGUCAUUGGUUGCUCAUGAAACGUAUCCAGAACCCAGAGAGGUUGAGAAGCUAGUGAUCACACCAUCAAAGAAAGAGUUAGGUCUUGCAUUUAAGGGCAACCAAAAGAUGGUUGUUGAAGCAUUAGAGGCCCUUAACCAAGCUGAAGCUUUGGAAAUAAAAGCUGCACUUGAAUCUAAAGGAGAAAUAGAAUUCGAAGUUUGCACACUAGGAAAAUCAGUUAUUAUAAAGAAAAACAUGGUCUCAAUUAGCAUGGAAAAGAAGAAGGAACAUCAACGGGUCUUUACACCAUCUGUUAUUGAGCCUUCGUUUGGUAUUGGACGGAUUAUUUACUGUCUCUUUGAGCAUUCCUUCUAUACAAGGCCAAGCAAAUCAGAUGACGAGCAACUGAAUGUAUUCAGAUUUCCUCCUCUCGUAGCUCCUAUCAAAUGCACGGUUUUUCCUCUGAUCAAGAGUCAGCAGUUCGAUGAGGUAGCCAAAAUCAUUGCGAGAUCUCUGAGGUCCGCUGGGAUUUCACACAUUAUUGACAUCACUGGUACAUCGAUAGGAAAGCGCUACGCAAGGACUGAUGAGAUUGGUGUUCCUUUUGCCAUUACUGUUGACUCCACUUCCAGUGUGACAAUACGUGAGAGAGAUAGCAAGGAGCAAAUUCGUGUGAGCAUUGAUGAAGUGGCUUCUGUGGUGAAGGAAGUUGCAGAUGGUCAGAGUACCUGGGCUGAUAUCAUGUGGAGAUUCCCAACUCAUUCUGCAUCACAUGUUGAUGACUGAAGGCUUAGGUCAGUUCAUCAUUGGGUAAUUAUAAAAUCGAAUGGCUAAACAUACUUCCAUCUUUUUCCUAUUGUAUUGCAACAAGCUGCCUUUUUGCCAAAUGACAGGAUUAAUUUUGACACGUGGCACAUUUUUACAGAAGUGCUUUUAUUUUUUAUUGAGGCUUUCUGCAAUUAUAAAAAAUCAUACUUUAAAAUAAUUGGUUAUGAUUAUUCUUAAAGUA